AUGCUUCAGUUGUCCUCUGGCUGCUUCGUGGAGGAGAGGGCUGCUCUACUAGACAUUCAGUCUUCUCUGAUGAGAGCGGGCUCCCCUGGGACGCUUGGUUCAUGGGCGAAGGAUGGUGAUGACUGCUGCUCGUGGGAGCGAGUGAAAUGUAACGAUACAACACAGCGAGUGUCUCAUCUCUACCUUUCCUCUGUAUAUGUAACUAAUUCACACAAUCGUUGGUAUUUAAACUCGACUAUGUUUUCUGCGUUACGUGACCUUAAAUACCUUGAUCUAUCAUCCAAUCGUCCGUGUUCGCUAGCCAUGGAAGGUUUAGUUGGACUAGCCAAACUUCGAUAUCUCGACCUCAGUGACACUGUAUGGGGAGGGGGGUUCCCAGAAUUUAUUGGGCAAAUUGUUUCGCUAGAAGUUUUAGCUCUCAACAAUAAUGGCAUGACCGGAGGUUUUCCAAGCACAGCUGUUGAAAAUCUUAGAAACUUGCGGCAACUGAAUAUGUCUUCGAAUAGCUUCAACGGAAGCCUCCCGGAUUUGCUAUUUGCACUUCCGCACCUACAGAUCCUGGAUCUCUCCAGCAAUAACUUUGGUGGGCAUAUUCCAACAGAUCUCAGAUUGAAUCGCCUCAACAGAACUCUCCCAGUUAGAGCCUUUAAAAACAUCAGGAACUUGAAUUUGGGUGGCAACCUAUUCAGUGGAUCUCUCCCUGUGUCAAUAUUUUCACUUCCUCAUCUGAAGUUCCUAGAUCUCUCAUUUAAUAGAUUGGAGGGACAAUUUACUAUUAAUUUCUCUUCGGAACAAGUUCCACUUGAAGUCUUACAUCUCAAUCAUAAUAAGCUGAGUGGAGCUCUUCCGAAUGAACAAGCAUUUCAAAUUCUCAAGAACCUACGAGAGUUGUAUUUGAGUUCCAACCAAUUCAGCGGAAACAUUCCAACAUUCUUGUUUUCACUUCCACGUAUCGAACGGUUGAAUCUCUCGGCGAACUUCCUAGGAGGACAAAUUCUGACAAAUUCAUCUUCGGAUCUUUCAUUGUCCCUCAAGAGUCUUUGGUUUUCCCAAAACAAUUUGAGCGGUAAACUUUCUUUCAUUUGGCUCCGAAACCUCACAAAGCUAGAAGAGAUAGACUUUUCAGGCAAUGGAAACCUAACUGUUGAUGUUCAUAUUUCUGGAUGGACACCUCCGUUCCAAUUGAAACAACUACUGCUCUCUGGUUGUGACCUUGACAAGAACAUCAUUGCUGAACCACAUUUUUUACGCACUCAACGUCGUUUAGAGGUGCUUGAUUUGUCCAACAAUAACUUGUCAGGUAGCAUGCCAAAUUGGUUGUUUACAGAGGAUGCAACACUACAGGAUCUAAAUCUUGGAAAUAACUUGCUAAUUGGAUCACUGGACCCAAUAUGGCAUACCCAAUCUUCACUCGGUGUUCUCAACAUACACAUGAACCAUAUCACAGGACAGCUGCCGGCCAACCUCAGCUCAAUGUUUCCAGGCUUGUUUGCUCUAGAUUUUUCUAGUAACGACUUGUUUGGGUACAUACCAACAUCAAUGUGCGAGAUCAGCUACAUGCAAUUUUUAGACCUAUCAAACAACAAACUUUCUGGGGAGGUUCCAGCUUGUGUUUUUACUAGUUGUCCCAGUCUAUUGUCCUUGAAGGUCUCAAACAACAAGCUUGGUGGUCUGAUUUUUGGUGGGAUGAAUAAUCUGUCCAAUAUAUUUGAAUUGUUCUUGGAUGGUAACAAAUUUAAAGGGACAUUGCCUCAUGAUCUGGCAGGAAAGUUUGUGGUUGUCAUUGAUUUGCAUGAUAACGAGCUGUCUGGGCAACUCGAUACGUCAUUUUGGAAUCUGCCCUCGUUGUCAGCCUUGAAUCUUGCUGGAAACCGAAUGACUGGCAAAAUUGAUCAACAAAUCUGUGGCUUCACAAGGAUUAGCCUUUUAGAUCUAUCACACAACAACCUUACAGGGUCUGUACCAAACAGUUGCUUCGUAGAGCUCACAUUUCUUAACCUUGCAGGGAACUCCUUAUCUGGCGAUAUCUCUUUUCUCCUUUUCAACACAUCAAGUCUGAUUGCUUUGGAUAUCAGACACAAUCAGUUCAUGGGCAAGCUCAAUUGGGUAAGUUACCUUGACAGUAUUAGGCUACUUUCGCUGGGCAGAAAUAAGUUUGAAGGGCAGAUCACUCCAACCCUGUGCAGACUCAUGUACUUGAGGAUACUUGAUUUUUCACAUAACAAGCUUUCUGGUUCCCUGCCAGCAUGUAUUGGUAAUAUCUCUUUCAAAGGUGAUAGGGACGAUGCAAUUUUUCAGUCAGCAUAUGAGAGUACUACGUACUUGAGUGGCUAUGACUUAAGAGGCUUCACCUUCGCUACCAAAGGGAAUCUAUACACGUACGGUCGCAGUCUCUUUGUUUCAAUGUCAGGGAUCGACCUAUCUGCAAACAUGUUGGAUGGAGAAAUUCCUUGGGAGCUAGGAAAUCUGAGGCAUAUCAGAUCCCUUAAUUUGUCCAACAAUUUCUUUGUUGGCCGGAUCCCGCCGACCUUGGGCGGCAUGGAGGAGAUAGAGAGCUUGGACCUCUCCCACAAUGAGCUGAGUGGACCAAUACCUUGGCAGCUAACUCAGUUAUCAACAUUGGGGGCGUUCUCUGUGGCAUACAACAACUUGUCAGGAUGUAUACCAAACUCUGGUCAGCUCAGCUCAUUCGGCAUGGACAGCUACCUAGCCAACACCAACCUUCACAACAUUACACAGGGGAAUACUUGUGCUGCUCCCGGAGAUCCUGCUGUGGGGAAAGAUGUGGAAGAGACGCCCAGUGACCUAGUUUUAUAUGUGGUCACAGCUGCUGGCUUUGUGUUGACAUUUUGGGCCAUUAUUGGGUUCUCAUUUUGCCAUCCUUACGGAAGAUCUGUGAUGCUCAAGAUGUAG